AUUUUCUCUCUAUCUAUCCUCUUCUUUUGAUCUCAAGUGGACUGAUUCAGAAUAUUUUGUGGGAAAAUCAAAUCUAUUAACAAAACUCCUGAAUCCCUAAUCUCAUCACACUUUCAACUGCCAAUUAAUUUUUCUCGAUUUGGGAAAAGGAUUUGAAUUUGUUGAGAUUUAGAAUUUUAGGUGUUAUUGCUAUCUGGGUUCUUAAGAUUUUGAAUUUGGUGUAAGUUUUGUUCUGGGUAUGUCUUGAUUUGGGGUGUUCUGUUGUUCUUCUGUUAUUGGUGAUGAUUUUAUGCUAAUAAACUUUUUGGCUUUUGGUUAUAUCGUGGUUUGGAUUGGUAUAGUAGGAUAGUUUCGUGUUUCGUCUAUGAGUAUGAGGAAUUGGGAAGAACUGAUUUUGGGAAAUUAGGAGAUUGAUGGCCAGGUGUGGAAAUGGGUAUCUUAGAGUGUAGGACGAGAGAGGUAUCGCCUAAAAGACGAAAGCUUUGCAAGAUUUCGAUGACGAUGGAAAAUGAUUCAUCUUCUACAGUGCUUGGUUCAAAAGGUUUGAUAAGGAAGCAUGAGUUUGUGAGAAUUAUUAUGCAGUGCUUGCUGUCAUUGGGGUUGCCCAAAUCUGCAUCUUGUUUAGAGUUAGAGUCGGGGAUUUCUUAUAAAUCGAGAGAGUUCGAAGCUAUUGAGUCGGAGAUUCUUAAUGCGAAAUGGGAUGAAUGUAUAAAGUCUGUUAACGGGGUUAAGGGAUUGACGGAUGAGACACGGUCUUCAGCCUUGUUUCUUGUUAUUAAACAGUAUCUUUUGGAAUGUUUAAGUCAUGGGGAUGAUUCAACAGCAUUGGCUUUUCUCCGGAAACGAGUUUCUGCCUUAAAGAUGGGGACAGAGAAUGUUCACAACCUUGCUUUUAGUCUUCUUUGCACCAAGGAAAAGGGAACCAAUGAGACAAAUGAGAAUGUUUAUGAGUUGCGGAAAAAGGUGUUGGUAGAGUUGGAGAAUUUGUUGCCCUCUCCAGUUACACUGCCUGAAAGAAGAUUGGAGCAUCUGGUUGAAACUGCUGUAGCUUCCCAGAUAGAUGCUUGUUUGUACCACAAUUUCACUGGUGUAGUUUCAAUCUAUGAGGACCAUCACUGUGGUAGAGAUCAAUUACCAACAGAGACUGUCCAGAUCCUUACUGCACACAAGAAUGAAGUAUGGUUUGUGCAAUUUUCUAAUAAUGGGGAGUAUUUGGCUUCAUCAUCAAGUGAUUGUUCUGCUAUUAUAUGGAAGGUGGUUGAUGGUGGUAAAUUUACGAUGAAACAUGCUUUACAGAGCCAUCAAAAACCAGUCUCUUUUGUAGCAUGGAGCCCGGAUGACACUAUGUUACUGACAUGUGGCAAUGUGGAAGUUGUUAAUCUAUGGGAUGUAGAAACUGGUAUCUGUAAGUGUACGUUUGGUGACCAAGGCUUCAUAGUAAGCUCAUGCGCAUGGUUUCCUGACUCAAAAAGGCUUGUUUGUGGAAGUUAUGAUCCCGAAAAGGGUAUCUGCAUGUGGGACUGUGAGGGUAAUGAGUUGAAGGUUUGGCGAGGAGCGAGGAUGCCCAAGGUGCUAGAUCUUGCAGUGACCUCAGAUGGCGACUAUCUCAUCAGUGUUUUCUCAGAAAAGGAUAUUCGCAUACUGAAUGUUGUUACAAAUGCCGAGCAUGUGAUAUCAGAAGAGCAUUCAAUCACCUCACUUUCAGUCUCAGCAGAUGGCAAUUUUUUCAUUGUCAACCUAAACAGUCAAGAGAUUCAUUUGUGGGAUGUAGCGGGCAAAUGGAAAAAACCAUUGAAGUACACGGGACACAGGCAGAACAAGUACGUGAUAAGGUCCUGCUUUGGUGGUUUCAACAGUGCGUUUAUUGCUAGUGGUAGCGAGAAUUCAGAGGUCUACAUAUGGAACCGCCAGAAGUCUGAACCAAUUGCGAUUCUAUCCGGACAUUCUAUGACUGUAAAUAGCGUAAGCUGGAACCCUAGAAAUCCUCAUUUAUUGGCUUCGGCAAGUGAUGAUCAAACCGUCCGCAUAUGGGGACCUACGAAAAGUAAAGCAGGAUUCUCGGAAAAAAGGAGGUUUUGAUCUCGUGACAUGGCCUAUGUAUAUACCCUAUGGUAAUGUCAUUUUCUUUUGAUGGGAUAUCCAAUUACUAUUUAUUCACGUAUUUAGGCAUUGCCCUCAAAUUUUGUUUCUCCUUUGUUGUAUAGUAGUAUACCACUACAAGUCUUUCAGCAGAGUCGCGGUUUCUGCAGGGGAUGGCAGUUAGAGACUUAGUUCAGAUUUUGCUUGGUUUUACUUUUUUUUUUUUUUGGGUAUAUACGAAGAUUUUGUUAAAGCCUUGAUGAAUUCUUGAAUUUCUGUGUUUCAUGGAGUAACUUUUCAAUUGCUGCA